AUGGUGCUGCUGUCGGGGCAUGGGGACCAGCUGGCCGGGGAGAGGGUCUGCCCCGCGCCGGCGGCGGCGGAGGAGAUGCCCGGCGCCGAGGCGGAGAGCAGCCCCGAGCAGGGCACGGAGGGGGCUGCCGCCGAGGAGCCGGGCGAGGAGGAGGAGGAGGAGGAGGAGGAGGAGGAGGACUGCGAGGAGUACGAGGACUUCUCCGAGCUGCCUGACACCUGCAGCAUCGCCUCGGACGACUCCUUCUACCCACCGCUGGGGCUGGAUGACGACGACGAUGACACCUGGUCCCAGGACGGGGACGAGCGCGACAGCCCCGAGGCGCUCAGCCUCUUCCGAGCCUGCUGCACCAACAACAGCAUCGUGCUGAAGGCGCUCAUCCGCCAAGGCCCCGGGGAGGAGGAGGUGCGGGAGGCCGACCGCAAUCGCCGGAAUGGUCUUAUCAUUGCCUGUUACCAAGGUUAUGUGGAUAUUGUAAUAGCCUUAGCACAAUGCCCUCACCUUGAUGUGAACUGGCAGGACAACGAAGGGAACACAGCUCUAAUUACAGCUGCACAGGCAGGGCACAUAACCAUUACAAACUAUUUGUUGAACUAUUUUCCCGGGCUUGAUAUUGAGAAGAGGAAUGCAUUUGGAUUCACAGCACUGAUGAAAUCUGCAAUGCAGGGCCGAACAGAAUGUGUGAAAGCCUUGAUGAUGGCAGGGGCAAAUGUCCAUGCAACUGACCCAAGCCGUGGACUGACUUCAUGGGAAUGGGCUUGUUUCACAGGAAGAUCAGAAUCUGCCUUCAUCAUGCAAAAGUUGAUGGACAGGCCAUGCCCAGAACAGUUUUCUGAUCAAUAUAAACCAGAAUGGCCAAAGAUGAAGGAACUUCUUGCCAAGGCUGCAGAGCCAAAAAGCUGUUUGCAGAAGAUUUCUGAGUGCGUACGGGCAGCUGUUUCAUUCCGGUCUUUCUAUGGCCCAGAAGAAGAUGGGGUCCUUGACCACAUGGUGAAGGUGACAACAAGCCUGGGCAGUCCUUUCAUUGCUCUGGCAUGCCGGACUGUGUGCCCAGGCAGCCCACCCUCUGUCGGUAAACGCAGACUGGCCGUGCAGGAAAUCCUUAAGAAGCAGAGAGCAGAGGAGAUCCGAUCUCAAGACAAAGAUCACGUUAGCAGCUACGAGAAGCUCUUUCAGAACUCCAAAGUCACAGUGAUCCCCAAGAAGAAGGAACGUCGAGCCAGUCUGCAGCCCAUCAGCUUUGCAGUGAACACAGUAGCCACGAGGAAAGCAAGCCUCCUACCGCUUCACCUGCUUAGACGGAGCAGCGUCAGGCCAGGAUUUGUCAUCCCCAAAGUCCGUGUCAGCAAGGCUCCUCCACCCACCUUCCAGCCAGAAAAGGCGAGAAGGAGGAGCAGUGCAAAGGAUGACCCCUAUUUGCAGAUUCCCAAAUGGAGAUACAAGGAGCUAAAAGAGGAGCGGAAGAAGGCAGAGGAACAGGACAAGAACAGAGCAGCAGAAACUCAAAAGCUGAGGCAGGUGUCUCCUACCCGAAGCAGGACCUGAUUUAAAGGCAGUUAUUUAGAAGGUUCUUGAGCUACUAGUCUUGUUAUCUGAGCAAGAUAACAGACUGAAUGCCUUUGUGCAGGCCCACUGUUCAUGGAGCUGGAAUACUGAGCAAUGGCCUUUAAAGUGCAGAAAUACAGCAAGGGUUAUGCCACAGCAUGUCUGAUGCUGGAGCACAAAUAUAUUUUAAGGUGGAAGACUUACUAAGUUUGCCUGUCUGCUGUUGAGAGGAAGUUCUAAGUGGUGCAGUCCUCUUGCAGAUUCCUGUUUUACCAGCUCCAGGUGAAUGACUGAGAAACAGCUUGAAAAACA